AUGCGGAUAAGACUACCAUUUGCAGGUAUUUUCCUGCUGUUGCUGCUGCUGGCUGGCUAUGCCGGUCUCUCCACUCUGCAGCUCGGCAGCUAUGUCAACGACAAGGUCCUCCAUUUCGCAACCUUCUUCCUUCUUACGGUCGUCUUCUACUGGAUCGUUGAUACCAGCCGCCGGCGAACCUUGAACAUGACACUCCUCGUCUGCACCGUCAUCCUAGGCAUUGGAUCCGAAUUCGUGCAGAGCUUCCUCCCCAACGAUCGAGAUUUCGACCUCUAUGAUAUCGUAGCAAAUAUUGUCGGCAGUUUACUUGGAGUUGGGAUUUGCGCAUGGUACCAUAAGCGAAUGCUUGAGCGAAAAAGACAGCGCAAGCAUUACGAUGCUGUUCCGGGCGAAGAUGCCGAAGACGUAGAGCUCGGUGAGGGUCAGGAAUCAGGAAUCUUGAGCGCCCCAACUCGGAGCAGGACUCUCGAAGAGGAAGUUGACAAUUGGGAUGAGAAUGCAGAGGAUAACUGGGACGACGACAACACGUUGGAAACCGAGCCGCCUCCAGCAGCUACAGCAGCCAAUGUGGCCGAUGUAGCUGAUAGCCGGGAAGCCAAGAAACGUACAGAUUAAAAUUUUGGCUUAGUAUCUGGAGUUUAGGGCCGGCCUGGGGAUAUUUUCAUGUCGACCGCACAAAUACAAUCGCAGAAGAAGACUGCCGGCGUUUUUGUGUUGAUGGGGACAUGUUGUCAAUGCAUUAUGGUAUAGAUUGCGGUGGGCGGAGGACUUAUGCCUUCUUGUUACUUGGCUGUUUGUUCUUCGAAAAUGAAGGAUAAAAAUCUCAUUAUUAGCUUGCGUUUUUUUUUUUUUUUUUUUCACGAAGAUAUGAAAUACAAAU